AUGGCCCUGCCGCUGCCUGCCUUCGGGCCCCGUGCCGCCGUUUACCGGCGCUUCCACCGGCUGCUGCAUGUCGCCGCUCCGGCCCCCGCCGGCUUGUCUCCGUCGGCCACAACGUCUGCCCACGCGCCGCCGCCAACCAAGCUCUCGCCGCAAGCCUCCUACUCCGGCUCUGGAAAUGCCGCCGCCGGCCAGUCUCCACCGGCCGCCGGUUGCCAGGCCCGCCACCGCCGGUCUCCCCACCUGGCUCCGCCCGCUCCGAGCUCAGCCCUAGCCCGCCACCUCUACCCGGCCUAUUUCCUAGCUGGCCACAGCUCUGCCACCAGGUCGCCACCUGGCCACCGCUCUGCUACCGGGCCGCCACUCGGCCACCACCGGAACACCAACAAGCCACCAGAACCCCUUUUUUGGGCUUUUUAA